UAUUAAUUGAGUUAAGGUUUCAGGCAGAAUGAAUUCCAAAGGAAUUUUUUUGAUUUGUGCAUCUUUAAUAAACUUUACUGAAGUUUUUGGUCAGAAUGAAGUGUUGGAGUGUAGCUAUAGAUAUAGAUAUAGUUAUCCAUAUGAAUGUAAUUUAAAAAUUUAUAAUCCAAGAGGACUUAACAAUUUUUACACGAUCAACGGAACACAUUAUUCUAAUAUAUAUGAUAAAGAUGUGAAAAUAGUUAAUAAAUACUCAAAUGUUUAUUGGAAUUCAACAAUAAUUCCAAGAAUACUUUGUGAUCGGUUUAUAAAUCUUGAUCGAAUGGAGUUAAUUAACCUUGGAAUUAAAAACAUCAACUUUUUUGGGGUUGAAAUUCCAUUUGAAAAGUGUACUAAUUUGACGUAUUUGAACUUAUGUGAAAAUAAAAUUACUGGAAGCGAUGAAAUGCCAUUCAGCAAAAGUAUAAAUCUAAAAGAUUUACAUUUGUGUAAAAAUGAAUUAGGUUCUUGGUCAAAUAACUUUUUUUCUGGUUUGACUAAUUUGAAAGUGCUAACACUCAAUGAUAAUAAGUUGGUUGAUUUACCGGAAAAUAUUUUUGAAUCUUUAAGCAAUUUAGAACAAUUAGAUUUGUCUAACAAUAGUUUAACAUUUGUCAACGUUAAAUGGUUCGAGCCUCUUAAAAGUUUAUUAACGUUGAAUUUGUAUAACAAUAGUAUAUCGGUUCUUAAUCCACAAUCAUUUAGUCCUUUGAUUAAUCUUACUUCUUUGUAUCUACAAAAUAAUCUAAUUGAGGAAAUCACAGCUAGUACAUUCGAGUCAUUAGGAAACUUAAUUGAUCUUAAUUUGCAAAAUAAUAAUAUUUACAAUCUCAAUGCUGAUUCAUUUAAUUCCUUAAUAAACUUAAAUAAAUUAUAUUUGUACGACAACAAGAUUGUGGAGCUUCCAGCUAAAGUUUUUGAACCAAUGAUCAAUUUAGAACAUUUAGAUUUACAAAGAAAUAAAAUUUCAAUUUUACAUACUGAUUCAUUUAAAUCUUUGAAAAAUAUAACAACAUUAUAUUUGCAUGACAAUCAAAUUAAAGAGCUUCCAGUUAAUGCUUUUAGUUCAUUGGAAAGCUUAAACACACUUUACUUAUAUAACAACAGCCUUAAAGUUAUUUACUCAAAUUCAUUUGGAAAUUUAUCAAACUUAAAAAAUGUUAGAUUUGAUAAUAAUAAAAUCAAUGCGAUCGAUAGAAACUUUGUUACUAAAACUGGGGUGAUUAGUCUUAAUAUGAUUGGAAAUAAUUGCUCGAAAGAAAACAUCUUCGAUAAUUCAACAUAUAGAUACUCAAUGCAGAUAAUUCUAAGUGAAUGUUUUGAAAAUUUCGAUGAACAUGUGACAGAAUCUACCACCAUUCCAACAACCACGACAGUUACACAUACAAGCACCCCUUCUACAACAUUCUCAACAAGCAUCACAUUCACGACAUCAACUACGACAUCUUCUACGUCACAAACAACUUCGCAAUCAACAGAACAAGAUACAACAACCGAUAAUAGUACACCUCCAAAGUGCAGUGAUGAAAAUAUUGAUGAAAGGGUUUGUGAAAUCGAAGACGAAAUAGAGAUUUUAAACAAUCGAGAUAAAACAUUUGCAUCUGCAAUCGAGGAGCUUCAAAAUAAAGUAUUUGAACUGACUAAUCGUCCUUGUGCUUGCAGUUAAUUAUGAGUAUUUUAACUAAUCGUUCAUGUUUUUUUACAAUAAACUUGUGAACCGUUAUUGUAGUUCUUAUAUUUUUUCAAAUUAUUUUAUUAUCACUGUUAACCUCUAUUCUUUGAUAAGUUAUAAUA